AUGACUGAAUUCACUUUGAAUGAGUCGAGUGACUGUCUGUCUGAGUAUGGAGAAAUUGGGAUCCACUGCUACAUAUCAUCACAAAGGGCUCUAUGUAUCUCCCACCUCAUCCACUACAUCUCCAACCAACACGCUCCACCAACACCGAGACACGUGUCACACAACGCCGCUGAAGCCCGCGAAGGGCGCGUGCUACUUCUACAUCCCUCUCCGCUGUAUACUGACAAUAUACUUACAAUGGGUCCCAUUCAGAGCGACCAUGGAGCCCACAGUCCGGAAGGAGUCUUGAUCGCGACACGUGUCCCGACAUGCGCAUCUCAGGAUAUACGCACCAUCGGACGGCUCUUCCAAAAGCGACGUCCUGCCGUGGCGUCGUUUACACGGCACAACCGACACUCAGACGGAGCUUUUACCCCUCGCUAG